UAGGGCUCAUUAAGAGUUCCUCUUGCUUCUGCCUGUUCCCGCAACCGUCCUGUGAUCCUGUGAUCUUUAAUAAACGUAGCUACCUACUACUUACUUCAAGGUGUAUGCUUGGCAAUUCUUUCCUUGCCGUACACAAGGACCUCAACUGGUGUUUUUGGCCCAUUCAAUUGUAACAGAAGUAACAAAAUUUUCAUAAUAAAUAUUAGCACUCCCUUUUGGGAAAGAAGCAUUUCUGCCCUCACUGCAAAGGAUACUUCAUUUUGGUUAUUAAAAAACAGACACAGGGCUACCCUGACGUUAUCUGUAAAAGCUUGGGCAAAUAAUUAACUUUUCUAGUGCUUGUUUUCUCAGCCACAAAACCUACUUAUAUGCCAGGUCAGCCCUCCUGUUGCCUCUUGUUCCCAGGCUCUUCAAAUAAUAAACCCCAUUAACGAACAUUCAGUGUCUCAUUUAAAAACAGUACGUUUGACUCUUAAGAAAUAGCACAGUACAAGACAUAGGACAGUUUCCUGCCUUCCUAGGUGAAGAAAUUCUCCAGUUUUCUGUGGGUACAACCUCAUUCAACUACUGCAACUAAUGCGCUUGCACUGACUCAGGGAAUCCAGCAUAUUCUUGAGGGGCCAUCAUAAAGCAGGAAAUGCAGAAUUCCGUUUAGUCUUUACUUUUGAAGGGUUUCAGUGAGGGUAAUCUCAUUCAGGUUUGGCACAGGCUGCUUUCCGAACGAACGCUACCCAGCCUCACCUGCGGCGCUACGCAGUCACGCUCUCCUUCCGGCUCCAGGUGGAGAGUCGCACAGGGCAUUGACCAAUGGGCUCGCUCGCUCCCUGCGGAAGGGCGGGACUUCGAGCCGGGGACCCGCCCCCUGUACGUGGCGUGCGUGCGUGGCGCCGUGCGGCGCAGGCCGGUUUCCCCAGCGCGCGGCGCCCCCCGGCGGCCGUGGGUCUUCAAUGCGACCGCCUGACCUGAACGCCCGCCAUGGAACCGCAGAGCGAGGCGCGAGCGCUGCCGGACGCGGCCGCGCGCCCGCCCGAGGUCUCGACGACUCGGACGCGGGGCGUGGAAGAGCGGUGGGAGGGCGGUGCGCCGCCAGCGGCGCCUGCUGGGGAUCUAGCGGCGGACUGCGCGAGUGCAGAUGGGCUGUGGGCGCUGCCCGUGGAGCCGGCCGCGCGGAGGCCGGAGUGCGGGUGCUGCAGCCGGCCUCAGAAAGUGUGUUUGUGUCCCUUUCUUCCAGUGCACCCUUUGCGCAUCUCUACCCAUUUGUAUAUAAUUCAGCAUCCAGCAGAGGAAAACAAAGUAUUGAGGACUGUUCCUUUGUUAGAAGCAUGCCUCCCCCAAGACAAGUGUAAAAUAAAGAUUGGUCGUCGCUUCAGUGAAGAAAGAGAUAUUGAACUUUCAACUGUCUGCCGGAAGUCUGGUACAUUAAUAUUGUAUCCAGGGGCUGAAGCUGCUAAUUUGGAAGAAUUUAUAUUAGAUUCUCCUGUCUAUCCUUCUACAAUCAUCAUCAUUGAUGGUACAUGGAGCCAGGCUAAGGACAUUUUCUAUAAAAAUUCCUUGUUCCGACUUCCCAAACAGGUGCAGUUAAAAACUAAUAUUUCCAGUCAGUAUGUAAUUCGGAUGCAACCAACUAAUAGGUGCCUUUCUACACUGGAGUGUGCAGCUGUUGCUCUUUCCAUCUUAGAGAAAAACAAUUCCAUACAGGAGACCUUGCUUCGUCCUCUUCAAGCAUUAUGCUCUUUCCAGCUUCAACAUGGUGCUCAGAUUCGUCUCAGCAAGGAAUACCUUCUGAAAAAUGGAUUAUAUCCUAAGCCAAUGCCAAAGAACAAACGGAAACUCAGGAAAAUGGAACUCUUAAUGAACAGUGUUAAAAUUUAGUACAGUUAUUCUUUGUUUUGUUUUUUUUGGUACCAGGGAUUGAACUCGGGUCCUUGUGCUUGCAAGGCAAGCGACAGAACCACUGAGCUAAAUCCCUGGCCCAAAUAUAUUUUGCUAUCUGGUAGGAAGUGGCUCAUCAUUAUACUUUUUUUGUUUUUCUCGUACCAGGGAUCGAACUCAGGUCCUUGCGCUUGCGCAGCAGGUGGCGAAACCACUGAGCUAAAUCCCCCGCCCUAGUACAGUUAUUAUUAUGGUGCUAAUUUACCUGUUUUAGCUGAAAAUACCACAUUAAGUUUUCAUCAAGUUUAAGUUGUGGGCUUUUGACUUCCUAAAGAAGAAUGAGGGUUACUAUUAAUCUUGUUCAGAAGAAGGAAGUAAACCAAAUAGCCAUAAAAACAAAAAAAAAA